CGCCACCCGCGCAUACCCGAGUCUCUCUGGCGACUAAUUGAGGCCUGCUGGCACGCCGACCCCGUGGUGCGCCCCGACAUGGCCCGUGUGUGCACCGAACUGCAAGCCGCCAUCAGCGAGUGGGACUGGCAGCAGCCCGGCAAUACACACACGCACACGCACACGCUCACGCAUGCACAGCAGGGCCUGCUGCUCCCCUACCAAACCCACGACCACAGUAGUAACACCAAGACCGCCGCCGCCGCCGCCGGCAGCAGCGCACCGGGUGCCCACCGGCUGUGGAGGGGCUUUGAGCGGCCCGGAUGCGAGGGGGUCGGGAGCGGG